UGGCGGGGUCUCCUGGCUGAUGCGCGCUCGUUGGCGGAAGUGGCCCGGGAGGAGGCGUCCAACUACGGACACGACAUUCCCCUCAAGGCAAGCCGUCGCAGAGUGGUAACGCCCACCCCUGACGCUGCUUCCUGUCAAAGCAUGUGGCCAUGUACGUGCACGCCUACACCCCGUACAGCGCCGUGCGACCCUUUUGGCUGCAGCUUCAUCCUGCGCUCCCACAACAAAGACGACGACUUGCAGCUCUACAUGGCCGACCCUUCCGGUGUCUCUUAUGGCUACUAGGGGUGUGCCAUCAGAAAAGCCAAACAAACUGCCAAGAGAGAAAUUGCAGACGCCGCAGACGACAUCGACAGGAUGGCGUCGUGUCUCCAUGCGCUGUGCACGCAGGACUCCAACGUCCUGUGCAAGUGAGAAGAGCGCCGCCGUGGUUUUUGAAUUGUCGCUCUGUGACGUUUCAGGUUCUUCCUCAAGGUGUCCGAGACCUUAGUGAAUACCAGGAAAAUCGAGGCGCAGGUUGCGGCCGACGAGAACCUGAAGUUGGCCGACUUGUUGAAAUAUUAUCUGCAGGAGUCGCAGGCCGCAAAGCACAGCCAUCGGGAUCCGCUGUAAAGACGUUUGGCGUGGAGAAGCUGGUAUUGUCCAAACUGUACGAGGAGGGGUCCAAUAAUUACAUCUUCAACAUCGACAGACACGUCGUCAUAAUAACCACACAGAGGAGGUGGCGGAACAGCAACAAGCUUGUAACCGUCUGAUACCCCCAAGGCAGUGGCGGGGUCUCCUGGCUGAUGCGCGCUCGUUGGCGGAAGUGACCCGGGAGGAGGCGUCCAACUACGGACACAACAUUCCCCUCAAGGCAAGCCGUCGCAGAGUGGUAACGCCCACCGCUGAUGCUGCUUCCUGUCAAAGCAUGUGGCAAUGUACGUGCACGCCUACACCCUGUACAGCGCUGUGCGACCCUUUGGCUGCAGUUGAGGCUUCCUGGUCAAACCUCUGCCCUCCAGGUCACACCUGGUGUCACCUGGUCACACCUGUUGCCCACAGCUUCAUCCUGGGCUCCCACAACAAAGACAACGACCUGCAGCUCUACAUGGUCGACCCUUCCGGUGUCUCUUAUGGCUACUGGGGGUGUACCAUCAGAAAAGCCAAACAAGCUGCCAAGAGAGAAAUUGCAGACGCCGCAGAUGACAUCAACAGGAUGGCGUCGUGUCUCCAUGCGCUGUGCACGCAGGACUCUAGCGUCCUGUGCAAGUGAAAAGAGCGCCGCCGUGGGUUUUGAGACCUUAGUGAAGACCAGGGUAGGCGCUGCGCUCUCAUGUGACUGGCGCCUUACGCCUCUCUCCCGCUGACCACUGUGUCUCCCUGCACAAAAUCGAGGCGCGGGUUGCGGCCGACGAGAUCCUGAAGUUGGCCGACUAGUUGAAAUAUUACCUGCGGGAGUCGCAGGCCGCAAAGGUGGGUGUGGCCUCGCCAAAACCUGCGAGGGCGGUCGAGUCAGGAGCAGGCGUCGAGGACUGCCAUAGGAGACGCCGGUGUGAGGUGCCGCCACCGCCUGAUGCGGGCGAAUAACUUUCUGAUAUCUACUGUAUAUAGGAGUUACAUUUCGAGUCAAAUCAAAAUAAAAUAAUUAACAAGCUGUUGUCGGCUAACGUUACCUAACCUAACUUGCCAAAUCCUUGUAGUUCGCUGAGCUCCUUGUGUGGAGUUCAGUUACCAUGAAUUGAUAAACGUGAACCCCGACUUAAAAGCCUGCUGAAAUGAGAUUUUCUUAUUUAAACGGGGAUAGCAGGUCUAUUCUAUGUGUGAUACUUGAUCAUUUUGCGAUAUUGCCAUAUUUUUGCUGAAGCGAUUUAGUAGAGAACAUCAACGAUAAAGUUCACAACUUUUGGUCGCUUUACCGGAAGUAACAGACGAUGUGCCCAUGACGUCACUGGUUGUAGGGCUCCUCACAUCCUCACAUUUUUUUAAAUUAUAACCUCCAGCAGCAAGAGCUUUUCGGAUCGAGAAAGCGACGAUUUCCCCAUUAAUUUGAGUGAGGUUGAAAGAUUCGUGGAUGAGGAAAGUUAAGAGUGAAGAUUUAAAAAAAGAAAAGGCGACUGCUCCAGGCGGCGGCAGUGUGACUGUUUCAGAUGUAAUUAGACACAUUUACUAGGAUAAUUCUGAAAGAUCCCUUAUCUGCUCAUUGUUUAAUAGUGUUUUAGUGAGAUUGUAAAGUAAUACCUGAAAGUCGGAUGGCUGCAGUGAAUGCCAGUGUCUCUGAGAGAAGCCAAGAUCACAGCUGCCUUUUUGAGCUGCAGGAGGUCGCAUAAUCCACUGAAUUCACCGGCAAGAGCCGAAUUAAUAUCACAAUUUUCCCAUCCAAAAAUUUGCUGGUUGACGUAGAGAAACAUGUUCGCUCUGUGUUAAAGCUUCACAACAAACAAACACCGGCUGUGUUUGUUUUGCUAAUGGCAGCUGCAAUCCAGCGCUUUCCACCAACAGCAUUCUUAUUUGACGUUUCCAUUAUUAAUUGAAAAAAUGCAAAAGAUUCAGCAACACAGAUGUCCAAAAUACUGUGUAAUUAUGCGAUGAAAAGAGACUAUUUUUAGCCGUGUGUGGUGUUGGGCUGAAAUGUUCGCUCCAACCAAUAACGUCACAAGCACGCGUCAACAUAAGCGUCAUCAUUCCGCAACGUUUUCAACAGGAUACCUCGCGGGAAAUUUAAAAUUGCUAUUUAGUAAACUAAACCGGCCGUAUUGGGAUGUGUUGCAAUAUUAAGAUUUCAUCAUUGAUAUAUAAACUAUCAGACUGCGUGGUCGGUAGUAGUGGGUUUCAGUAGGCCUUUAAACAAGUUGAACAAAGUAUUUGGGUGUUACCAUUGAGUGGUCAAUUGUACUGUACUAUGUAGACUGUACUGUUUCAUAUAAUGUAUUCUCUCCCUUUGCAAUCUAAUAAUAAAGUUUCAAUCAAUCACCUACUUCACACAGUGAUUUUCAUCACUUGUCUCUCUCUCUCGCUUUCUCUCUCUCGAUUUCAGUUGACUGAAGUAUUAGUUGCUGCACGUUAAAUUAUAUUAAUGAGACGUGGGCAUUGUUAUUGUGGAGUGAAUACAGUAGCAAUCAAUGACCAUACUAAGUAGUAUAUGUGCUGUUGUCUGUGUUUUGUAGACUGAAAAUUCUAAAAUGACUUUUUUUUUUUUAUUAUUGGUGAAAUUUUUUCUGGGGCACAAGCCCCAUAGAAUUGAUCUGUCUGACGACGCAUCUGAAUCUGCUUUAAUGCUGGAAUUGUUUCACUUGUGACCAAAGCUUGCAUACCUGCCAAGAUGGCAGCCACUUAUGGCAAAGUCAAUAAACAGUUUUCCUUUCAUAA